UCUUCCUGAAUCUGGGAGUAACGGAGGAGAAUUGUAGACUACAGGUACAAGGGAAGUAUUAGGAAAAAAAGAAAAGAUGUCUUUGGCUGAUGUCAUCUUACAGAUCAAAGACAGCACGAAGAAUGCUACAUUAGAAUUUUAAUUGAAAUCACAGGAAGAGUGCAUGCAUGAGAAUAUAACAUACUAUUAAAAAUAGAUUCUUCCAUAACUUAGUUAACGUUCUGUCAUGGUUUACCUUAUGCAUUGAACAAUAUGUCAAUGUUUUUUGGCUUUGUUUGUAAACAAAGCAUCACCAUGGUCAGCACCUGCGAUAUCUUGCGCAUGUCCAGCUUGCUCGAAGGAAGUAGCUUUUAUUUUUUCUUCGAGUUGCUUGCAACGAUUUCAAUGCCUCGUUGUCACUCACAGUGCCACUUGCCCCCAACCUUUUGGCUGCUCGCCAACCACGGCUGCAUGACAGUAUCAUGUGAGACCUAUUGUCCUGCAGUGAAAGCUCUUCAAGGUGUCAUUCAUUUAAGUAUGUGCAUGUUAUCAUGAGAGGCAUUUGCUGUCGUGCAUCCAGUCUUUAUUUAGGAUGCGACUGGAUAGAAAGCCACAUGACAUGACCACCUUGUAUGCAUUGCACUUCUAUUGAGAACGAUGCUUUAUAUCUUUUUUGGCUUGGAUUCAUAGCACCUACACUACUCACAUACAACAUGAAUUAUUCAAAGAAAUGUUGAUCGAUUCACUUGAAGGUUACCAACCUUUGUGAAGCUGCCAUUUGGCUUAGUAGUGCUAAGUGCUAUACUUUGUACAACAUUUGUUGGGGAUUAUACCAAGCUGCAUGUGCAUAAGACAGAAAUCAAGAUCAAAACAAGGAAAAUAGCUGUGCUGAGUCUUGUAUUAGCCUUGGCACACUAAAUGACGACUGGUCAAAUGAGGAUACAGUUGGUUGUCUGUUUCUCAGGACGCAACCUUCUCACAAAACAUGUACUGUACAGACACACAAUCUCCUUUUGACACUGACUUUUACAAGCAUGAUCAUCAGCAUGCCUUCACUAUUUAUGGAAGUCUGUAUUAAGUUAUUUGUUGUACAAAUAAAUAUCAUGGCUAAAGUGAUAUUGUUUUAUGUAUUCAACAAAUGUGUAAUUUUAGGCAAAACAUUAUGAAGUAGUAUGUUUUUGGCAAGCUGCAUGCAGAAUUUUGAAACAGUUAAUAUUGCAAAACCAAGUUUCCCUUGAUGUUUUUUCCUAUCUAAUGCGAUGUCGUUUACGCCGGUAUUUCAUUGACUGCGCUAAAUAUGGAACAGGUCACCAUGGAUUUUCAUAUGGAGAGCAAAAGUUCAAGCUAUUUAUGGCUACAGACAAUAGUAAACUGAGACUGAGUAGAGGAGGGGAAAAAAAAGAAGAACACUGUACACGCUAGCGGGCUGUGUAUAUAUACUCCCGGACGACACAGCUGCUCCGAGGUGAGAAGGGGAGAUGCUGAGGACCUUGCGCUUGGAGAACCUUUGCCCCACCGUGUGCCUGGACCGCUGGCCAGAGCUCCCUGAGAGGGAUGAGCACCGGCUGGAGGAGCCCGAGGUGCGCUGCAUGCGCCUCUAUCAGGCCGUGGCCCUGGGGGACCUGCGGGGGCUGGGCAGGGUGCUGAGUAAGAACUAUGUGGACGUUGACGUGUUUUACAGUCUCAGCGAGGAGCUGAAGUGGAAGCCCUUGCCAGAGACCCCCUUUGGUCCAUCAGGACUGUGGUCUCUUGAGUACCAGCGAGAGCUGACCAGUCCUCUGUGCAUCGCGGCAGCGCAGGGCUACAGCGACUGCCUGCAGUACCUGCUGGAGCACGGCGCUCGGCCCAACCUGGUGGCCGGCGGCCGGACAGCGCUGCACGAGGCGUGCAUGCACAGCGCUACAGAGUGUGCAGAGAUGCUGCUGGAGUACGGGGCCAACCCAAACCAGCUCACCGAAGAGGGCCUUUCACCAUUACACCUGUGCAAACAUGCUCCCUCACUCCGCUGUGCCAAAGCGCUGAUACGCUAUGGUGCCAAGGUCAACAACCUCAGCGAGGACGGGGAGGACGAGUCUCCCCUGCAUGUGGCGGCCAAGUACGGCCUGCCCCAGCACGUCCAGCUCUACCUGCGCUACGGUGCCAAGGUGGACCAGCAGAAGUCCUCGGAGGAGACGGCCCUCUGCCUGGCCUGCGGGGAGGCUCGCUUCGACAGCGGCGACGAGCAAGAGGAGGGCUUCCUCCAGGUGUGCCACUUCCUGCUGGACUACGGCGCCGACGUCAACAGGGUGGAUGACGAGCGCAGGACCCCCCUGCACAGGGCCGCACGGAACGCGCAGGACCGCCUCGUGGAGCUGCUCAUCGAGCGCGGCGCGGUGAUCAACGCGCUGGACUACAACGGGUGCUCGGCCCUGUCCAACGCACUGCAGACCGCUAUGGUGAAGCAGAGGUGCCGGUCACACGCCGUGGUGCAGAUGCUGCUCAACCGCGGUUCCAUUAAGGUGUGGCCUGGGGCCUUGCCCAAGCUGCUAGCCACCUGUGCAUCAGCACCAAAAACUGUGGAAGUCAUGUUCAACUCCUAUGAUAUGGUGUCUGUUACAUACAAAUGGAUUGAGCUCUUUCCAGAGGAAGAAUGUCAGACGCACCCAACCUUUUAUGCCUCCUUGUUCGGCCUGGAGAACACCCCACGCAGCCUCCAGCAUCACUGUCGAUCAGUGGUGCGCAAGCAGUGUGGGAAAAACUGUCACGCUAUCAUUCCUCGGCUACCCAUCCCAACGUUACUGAAGAACUAUCUGCUGCUGGAACCACAGGGUUUCAUAUAUUAGGCUGCAUGGGUAAGAAACGGUUAGAAGUUGCACUGCAAAUAAGGGGUGUGUGUUUGUGUUGGAAAGGACGCAUAGGUGAAUGUCAAGAGUUCAGUUUUCUUCUGCUCAAGGUGGCUGGUAGGGUGAAUCAGAUCUAAAAGCAGUGUCAGAAUUUCUCAUGGAAGAUUUUGUGCAAAUACCAAACCAAUUUACUCCCUUUGACUCUGCCGUGGCACGCUUUUGCCACUACUAUAGGUCCUUUAGUACUGACAGGGAGACAGACUCUAUUCCCAAUGUUCUGCAUCAGUUGAUGUUGCUGACACUACCUUUCACUUGGAUGUUGGAUAUAUUUUUGUAUGGCAACUGCUGUAGUGUAUUAGUGUGCUAAUAUAUUUCUGAUCUGUCAAAGAGUGAAGUUAUAACAUGCCAUUGUAAAUACUUUUGAUAGAGACAUCUGCUAAAUGAAAAUAAAAAAAGGAUGAAUUUCCAUCCCAACAGAA